GGCGCGUGUAUCGCCUCUCGCCCGAGGAUAUAUAUGCAAGCGUGCCAGCCUGGAGCCUCACCUAUCGCCUACCUUCAACUCACCAAUUAUCCACCAUUAUCUGCCGCAUCACCUACUAUGGCGAACCCAGCAACCACCAUUGCCGACAGUGACUAUGCGCGAAAGCGCAGGGAGAUCUUCACGCUCGUCAAAGAUCUGAGGGCGAUGGGCGCGGAAAGCGACAUCGACAUUCCCAAGAUUGCCGUGAUUGGAGGACAGUCUGCUGGAAAGAGUUCUCUCGUGGAAGCCGUUACAGGAAUCAACGUUCCGCGCGACAGCGGCACUUGCACCAGGUGCCCUAUGGAGUGCACGAUCCUGACGACUCAGGCCGAAUGGUCCUGCCAAAUCUCUCUCAAGACGAAUAUCUACAAGAAAGGCACGGAGAUCCCUCGUACUAGCAAGAAGAUGACCUUCAGUCCGUGCCUGACCGCCAACGACAAGGACAAAGUCGAGAUCUGGCUACGCCGCGCACAAGCAGCCAUCCUCAGCCCCCACUCCUCAUACGAGAUGUUCAAAAGCAUGGAUUACGAACAGCUCAAGGCUCUCACGAAGUCGGACACCGAGAUGUUGAAGUUCUCGAGAGAUGCGGUCGUGGUGGACAUUGAAGACCCGGAUGGCACCGACCUGUCAUUCAUUGAUCUCCCAGGCCUCAUCCAGAAUGAGAAACCUGAGAUAAUUGCGAUUGUCAAGAGCCUCGUUGAGCAGUACGUCCAGGACGAAUCCACGGUUGUACUCGUGACGAUUCCAGCGAACGAUGACUUGGAGAACCAACAAGCUGCCCUCCUAGCACGGGAAGCCGAUCCAAAGGGCAAGCGAACGAUAGGCGUCGUCACGAAGACAGACACCCUGGGAGAAGGAUCCAUUGGGCUGCGCCAGAAGUGGUUGGAGGUGUUCCAAGGGAAGACGCAUCAGCUCGCGCUCGGAUACUACGCGGUGCGACUUUCCGAUGACACCGAGCGGGGCACGAAAACUCGACAGGAAAUGAACGCGAUUGCUUCCCAAUUUUUCGCUAGCAAUGCGCCAUGGAAGGAGCUGUUGGACUCCGGUCAUCUUGGAAUUCCGAAUCUGAUCCAUGACAUCAGUUCCGUGCUCAUGGGUAUUAUCCACGACGCGAUCCCAAAGCUCAGAGAGCAGAUCCAAGCCAAGCUGCAGGAAUGCAUCCACGAUAUAGAACAGUUGCCGGAGGAAGUCACUGUGGACGCCACAACCGUGGUGCUCAACCGCGUCUCGAGCUUCUGCACGGACCUUCAGGGCGACGUGUACGGGCGCAACGAGAGCAAGGACUUUGUCCACAAGAGCCGUGCCAUCUACAAGAAGUUCAAGCUUACCAUCCGCCAGACGGCACCGGAUUUCCGACCCUUCAUCGAUCACUCGCAAUAUGUCGAUCCCGGAGAGCCAGUUUCCGAGUCUGAGAGAUACGACAAGGACAUCCAGAGUGACAAGCUGCGCUCUUCCAACCCUCCGAUGGACUUGACAGGGGUUCGUCACGUAAUUGAGGAUACCACCGGUUGGGAGCUCCCUCACAACGUGCCAUAUGAGUCGAAAACACGCCUCAUCAAGACAUUCAUAGAACAAUGGCCCGCCCCUGCUCACUCCUGUUUCGAUGAUAUUUCCUCCGUCCUGUACGAGUUCGUCGAUGAGAAGAUCGCACUUCAUUUCGGACGAUUCAAGGCGCUCGAGCAGCAUAUCGCCGCGCUCAUCAGGACAGAGGCCGCGGAGCGCGUGAAGCUUGCGUUGAAAGCCGUCCGGGACGUGCUGGAGCGCGAGAAGUUCCCGUACAUGACGCAGAAUGGACACUAUCUGGAGUCUUCGCGUGAGAAUUGGCUCGCGCAUUACAGGACUUUUCGCAACCGAGUGUAUCACGUCAAUUAUUCGUCCCACGGGGAGGCCGCCGAAAGCCGGUGUGAAUCCCCUAUCUCCAUCGCCAUCUCAUCAACUCCGGGUGACAACUAUGAAGAUGAAAUCAUAGUAAUGGCGGACGUGCGCGCCUACUUCCAAGUCGCAUACAAGCGCAUAACCGACAACAUCCCCAUGACGAUCCAGCGAGACCUGAAUCAAGAACUUGUGGAUGGCUUGUACAACCGCAUCGUCUCCAAAUUGGGUCUUAGUAACGCGGAUGCAGCGCAGCGUCUCUCCGAGCUGCUGGACGAAGAUCCUGCGGUGAUAGCGCUACGCGUGCAGCUUGUGACGACGAGGAAGCGGUUGGAAGACAUCCAAGCGAAGCUCAAUGAUUUCGUCCUGUGAUGCUUGGUGAUGAUUCAAUAUUCAUGCUGCAUGCGAUGCUUCUCCCCGCUCUGAAUACUCGUUACAAUGCUUUAUAUCAUGACGUCUCCCGCC